AGAGGAAGGAGAGGAGAGGAGAGGAGAGGAGGAAGGAGAGGAGGUGAAGGAAGAUGGACAGGAUGGAGAGCUUCCUGAAGCGGAACUUCGAGGUGGCGCACAAGAACCCGUCGGAGGACGCGCAGCGCCAGUGGCGGAGGGCCGUCGGUGCUGUCGUCAAGAACCGCCGACGCCGCUUCCGCAUGGUCCCUGAUCUCGACAAGCGAUCGGUCGUCGAGGCCAAGAAGCUAAAGAUCCAGGAAAAAAUCCGAGUUGCUCUUUAUGUACAAAGAGCUGCUCUGCAAUUUAUUGACGCUGGUGCACAAACUGAAUACCAUCUUCCAGAAGAGGUAAGAAGUGCCGGUUUUUGUAUAAACCCAGAUGAGUUGGCAUCUAUUGCCUGUGGACAUGAUAAAAAGACACUGAAGAAGCAUGGAGGAGUUCAAGGAAUUGCAAGAAAGAUCUGUGUUUCACUUGAUGAUGGCAUAAAAACAACUGACAUAUCCAUCAGACAGGAAAUUUAUGGUGUCAAUAAAUAUGAUGAGAAGCCUCCACGUAGUUUCUGGAUGUAUGUAUGGGAUGCAUUACAUGACUUGACAUUGAUCAUUCUCAUGGCUUGUGCAUUUGUAUCUGUAGUUGUAGGGCUUGCCACUGAAGGGUGGCCUAAAGGUAUGUAUGAUGGAAUAGGAAUUACCCUCAGCAUUUUCUUGGUAGUGUCAGUGACUUCAGUGAGUGACUACAAGCAAUCAUUACAGUUCAGAGAUCUGGAUAAAGAAAAGAAGAAGAUCUCUAUUCAGGUAACUAGAGAUGGCUACAGGCAAAAGGUAUCUAUUUAUGAUUUAGUCAUUGGGGAUAUAGUUCAUCUUUCGAUUGGAGAUCGAGUUCCUGCUGAUGGGUUAUAUACAUCUGGAUAUUCCUUGUUAAUAGAUGCAUCAAGCUUGUCCGGAGAGAGUGAACCAGAGUAUGUGUCAAAUGGAAAACCAUUUCUACUAGCUGGUACCAAGGUGCAAGAUGGAUCCGCUAAAAUGCUUGUUACUUCAGUCGGAAUGAGGACAGAGUGGGGAAAACUAAUGGAGACAUUGAGUCAGGGUGGAGAUGAUGAAACACCCCUGCAAGUCAAACUCAAUGGUGUUGCAACAAUAAUAGGAAAGAUUGGUGUAGCAUUUGCAACAAUGACAUUUUGUGUUUUGUUAGGAAGGUUUUUAAUUAAUAAAGCAUAUCAUAUGGGCUUCAAAUGGUCUCCGGCUGAUGCAUUAACAAUACUCAACUAUUUUGCUAUUGCUGUCACCAUCAUUGUAGUUGCAGUUCCUGAAGGGCUACCUUUAUCUGUAACAUUGAGUCUUUCUUUUGCGAUGAAGAAGCUUAUGGAUAAGAAGGCACUAGUGAGGCAUCUGUCUGCAUGUGAGACCAUGGGAUCUGCUAAUUGCAUUUGCACUGAUAAAACUGGUACUCUGACAACUAAUCACAUGAUUGUAGACAAAUUAUGGAUGUGUGAGAUAUCUAAAUCUGUUCGGGGUACUGAGACUUCUACCUAUCUCAAGUCGGUCAUUUCUGAAGAAGUUUUAGGAGUCCUUUUGCAAUGUAUAUUUGAGAAUAGUACCUCAGAAGUGGUGAGAGACAGAGAUGGAAAAGCCACCAUACUGGGUACCCCAACAGAAACAGCAUUGUUAGAGUUUGGUUUGGACUUGGAAAAGUAUCUAGAAUCCAAACAUGGGAAUUGCAGUAAACUGAAAGUCGAGCCUUUCAAUUCAGAUAAAAAGAAGAUGUCUUCACUCAUCAAAUUACCCAAUGGAGGGAUUCGUGCUUUCUGUAAAGGCGCAUCUGAAAUUGUCCUACAGAUGUGUGACAGUAUGAUUGACAGUAAGGGGAAAACCAUAGUUUUAUCUGAAAAAAACAAGGAGGAUAUUAUGAAAGUCAUCAACAGCUUUGCUUGUGAAGCAUUAAGGACACUUUGCUUGGCUUUUAAAGACAUACACGUUAAUCAGGAUGAUGAAAACAUCCCUGCUGCUGGUUACACACUGAUAGCUGUUUUUGGAAUCAAAGAUCCAGUUCGCCCAGGAGUCAAGGAAGCUGUGCAGGCUUGCAUAGCUGCUGGUAUUAAAGUUCGGAUGGUAACUGGGGAUAACAUCAAUACAGCUAAAGCUAUAGCAAAAGAGUGUGGCAUUCUGACUGAAGAUGGUUUAGCCAUAGAAGGACCAGAAUUUCGAAGCAAGAGCCCUGAAGAGAUGAAAGAUUUAAUUCCCAAACUUCAGGUAUUAGCCCGGUCUCUGCCUUUGGACAAACAUACUUUAGUAACCAGAUUGAGAAAGACGUUUAAUGAAGUUGUGGCAGUCACAGGUGAUGGCACAAAUGAUGCUCCGGCGCUACAUGAGGCAGACAUUGGCUUUGCAAUGGGUAUUGCAGGCACUGAGGUAGCUAAAGAGAGUGCUGAUGUUAUCGUCCUAGAUGACAACUUCACUUCUAUAAUUAACGUAGCCAAAUGGGGUCGUGCAGUUUACAUCAAUAUACAAAAGUUCGUUCAAUUCCAGUUGACGGUUAACGUUGUCGCUUUGACAGUCAAUUUUAUUUCUGCAUGCAUCACUGGUAGUGCUCCUCUCACUGCCGUCCAGUUGCUAUGGGUGAACAUGAUCAUGGACACACUGGGUGCUCUGGCAUUAGCAACCGAACCGCCAAAUGAUAGUAUGAUGAGAAGACCACCUGUUGGGAGGGAUGAAGACUUCAUCACCAAAGUCAUGUGGAGAAACAUAAUUGGGCAGAGCAUAUUUCAGCUGAUAGUGUUGGGAGCUCUAAUGUUUGAUGGGAAGAAACUUCUUAAAAUUGAAGGUCCAGAUUCCGACAUCAUUCUCAACACAUUCAUAUUCAACACAUUCGUUUUUUGCCAGGUUUUCAAUGAGAUUAACAGUCGUGAACUGGAGAAGAUUAACGUGCUAAGUGGUAUAUUUGGCAACUGGACGUUUGUGCUCGUCUUAACUUCAACAGUCCUGUUCCAAGUUAUCAUAGUGGAAUUCCUUGGGGACUUUGCAAGCACAGUCCCUCUCAGUUGGCAUUUAUGGUGGCUCAGCAUUGUGAUCGGCGCCGUCAGUAUGAUCGUUGCUGUGAUCUUGAAGUGGAUUCCGGUCGAUUCCUACAAUGGCAUAGUUCACUGCAAGAAUGAUUAUGAGCCACUCCCUAGUGGUCCAGAAGCAGUGUAACCACAGAAGAAACACUAAUUCUAAACCCUUAACGACAUCUAAUAAUUAGGUCUUGGACAAGAUUCAAGACCGAGCAUGUUUGUCUAGUAUGAAAGACAAUUCUCAAACACAAAGAAAGGUCAAUCCACAUUCAGAAUUUCAACAGGUAACAGCCAUCUUGCUCUUAGUUUAGGGCUAUGACAAGGGUCUCAGAAUUUUGAGCUCCAAUUCUUUGAGGACUAUGAAUUAACAACAGCACCUGAUGUUAGUUUAUUAUUUGAUUCAUGGAUUGUAUAUAAA